AUGAAAAAUGUAACCGAUUCUUUCGUUCCCUUGGAUCACUGGCCAUCCGCCGGGAGUUUCGGAUUCAAUACCGAUAUUUUAGCAACAAAUCCAAUAAAUCUAAUCGUAGUUCUUGGUGUAUUAAUUCUUUUUGGAAAGGGAGUGUGAAUGGAUAAUCUACUUUCAUUAAGUGAUUUAUUAGAUAAUCGAAAACAACGGAUUUUGAAUACUAUUCGAAAUUCAGAAGAACUCCGCGGGGGUGCCAUUGAACAGCUAGAAAAAGCCCGCGCCCGUUUACGGAAAAUCGAAAUAGAAGCAGAUCAGUAUCGAGUGAACGAAUCCUCUGAUACAGAACGAAAAAUAUUGGCUUUAAUGAAUUCAACUUAUCAGAAUAUAGAACAAAAAGAAAAUUCACAAAAUGAAAGAAUUCGUUUUGAACAAGAAAAAACACUUAAUCAAGUCCGCCAACGAUUUUUUCAACAAGCCUUAGAACGAGCUCUAGAGACUCUGAAUAGUCGUUUAACCAACGAAUUACAUUUACGUAUCAUCAGUGCUAAUAUUGACAUGUUGCGGACGAUAAAAGAAAUCACUGAUUAG